AUGUGCAUGGACCAUUUAGGGCGUAACAAUCUCAAGGACAAGGUGGUCCUCAUCACAGGAACAACCGGCACAGGUAAGUCACGCCUCUCCAUCGAUCUCGCCACACGUUUUUCAGCUGAGAUCAUCAACUCGGACAAAAUGCAAAUCUACAAGGGAUUGGAGAUUGUAACAAAUCUUAUCCCAGUCAAUGAGCAAUGCGGAGUAUCUCACCAUCUUUUAGGCGAGUUUCAACCAGAAGAUGGUGAAGUUACCCCAGCAGAGUUCCGCUCUUUGGCGACACUAUCCAUCUCUAAAGUCAUUUCCAACGGGAAACUCCCGAUUAUAGUGGGUGGAUCCAACUCUUUCAAUCACGCUCUCCUUGCUGAGCGUUUUGACCCUGAAAAUGAUCCAUUCUCACCAGAAUCUAGUCUUUCAUCGAUCUGCUCCGAGCUGAGGUACAAAUGUUGCAUCCUCUGCGUGGAUGUUUCAGAGCCGGUUUUGUUCCAACACUUGUCUAACCGGGUCGACCAGAUGAUUGAGUUGGGAUUGUUUGAGCAGCUCGCCGCUUUCUACGACCCUGUAGUAGAUUCAGGGCCACGAGUGGGGGUUCGUAAGACAAUAGGGGUAGAGGAGUUCGACAGGUACUUUAGAGUGUACCCUAGGGAGGGAAACAAGGGAAUGUGGGACUCAGCAAGAAAAGCGGCGUACGAGGAGGCAGUGAAGAAGAUGAAAGAGAGGACGUGUAGGCUGGUGAAGAAGCAGAAAGAAAAGAUCAUGAAGCUGAUAAGAGGUGGUUGGGAGGUUAAGAGGCUUGACGCCACCGCUGCGAUUAUGGCCGAGCUGUAUCAAGGUACAACAUUGGGAGAAGGAAAAUGUAAGAGAGAUAUUUGGGAGAAGUAUGUUGUGGAAGAAAGCGUCAAGAUUGUGAAUCGUUUCUUGUUGGAUGGGUAA